AUGUUGGGCUGGUAUGCCGCGAAGAUGGCCCAGCGGCCAUUGCUUACCUCGAGUAUCACCACAGCUACUCUCUUCGGGGCCGGAGAUGUGCUAGCUCAGCAGGCCGUCGACAAGAAAGGAUUCGACAAUCACGAUUACGCUCGAACGGGCCGUAUGGUCCUCUAUGGAGGAGCCAUCUUCGGUCCUGCCGCUUCUGCCUGGUACGGCGUCCUCCAACGUCACAUUGUUCUGAAGAGCACGGCGACAACAGUCGUGGCUCGCGUCGCUGCCGAUCAGUUGAUUUUCACGCCCGUCAAUAUGUUCUGUUUCUUGUCGUCCAUGUCUAUUAUGGAGGGCACCGACCCCAUGGAAAAGCUGCGCAAGGCCUACUGGUCCACAUACAAGACCAACUUGGGUGUUUGGUCGACCGUGCAGCUGGGCAAUUUUUCCCUGGUACCCCUGGAAUACCGCGUGUUGGUUGUCAACGUGGUCAGCUUGGGAUGGAAUUGUUAUUUGAGCCUUGUCAACAGCAAGGCUUAG